AUGUCUGCUCCAAACAACGACGAUGUCGACAUAACUCUAGCAAACAGCAUGGUGGCUGUGACUCUGGCAAAUGGUACUGCGUCUUCAACUCCAGCAAACGACACUACACCUACAACUCCAGCAAACGACACUACAUCUACAACUCCAGCAAACGAUACUACGGCUACAACUCCAGCAAACAACAAUGCGGCUACGGCUCCGGGAACGGACAAUGUGGCUACGCCUCCAGCAAACGACAAUAUGGCUACUACCCCAGCAAAUUCCGGGCCCUACACCUUCCCAAAUUAUCCCGACUUCCCCAGAAUCUUGUUUCGUGCAAUGAGUGAGCGCGAAUUCAACCUUUCGGAAGAGAGCCAGCCAGGUCCGCUUGGACUGAGGUAUCUGACGUACGUGUUGGGAGAGGCUUUCGACAUUAUCGCGGUGGAAGGCGACAUGUGGCUGGCGAUCAAUCAAGACGAUGAGAGCCGGCGAAUGGGCUGGAUCUGGAACAAGGAUUUCGUUCGUAUGCCUGCGGACUGGAGAAACACCGAGACAGACUGGACAGAUUGA